ACAAAUCAUCAAAAGAUAAUAAAACCCUAUCAAGCUGUCUUGCUCUCUCUCUUACGCUCUUUUCCCAGCUUUUGUUCUCUCCUCUUUCCAUUGUUGCUAAUUUGCUGGUUGCUGGCUUGCUGCUGUUGCAGUGCUGAUUGUCGACACUCGACCGUUGUCUGCGUCGAUCGUCUCUUCACUCUCCGUUCAUGGCUUCGUCAGGCACAAUAUGUUUGAAUUGUGGCGACAAAGGUUUCACUAACGCAUAUGUUUUCUGUGUGAAAUGCCUAGAAGUUGCUGUCCACCGCUACUGCCAUGAAAAGGUGACAUUUAAUGAAUUUGUAUAUUGGGUCUGCAAUGACUGUGAAGUAAAGGAGCCAGACGAACUAAACAGCAAGAGAUCUGAUGCCAUCUCAGUUGAAAAUAGGGAUUGCUCUAGUUCAAGACAUUGUAAAGCGAGUUCUAAAGUAAAGAUUGAUGUUCCUAAGACAAUAUUAAAGAGGUGUGAAGUUGGGCCUCAGCAACUUCAUCAGCCACAUGCUGGGAUUGAUUUGGUCGAGCAUUGCCAGAUAGCCGGUGAUACUUCAGGCGUGAAGAUGAGCAAGAAGAGAUCUAGUCCCAUCUCAUUGAGAGAUGAGAAAUAUGAAACAAGACUAGUACAUAGCUCUUUUGAGCAAUCCCAUGUGUCACAGGCAAGCAUUGAGUGCAAUGAACGAACUCAAUCAGCUAAUGUUUCUUCAUUGCCAGCUAAGCGAUUAAAGAAAGAAGUUACUGACCCACUGGUCAAGCUAGCGAGAGAAAAUUUUCAAACUUGCCAUUUGAAGAAACAUUGUGAGGGAGAUAUUCAGCCUGGUACACAAGGUAAUUCUUCUGGCAUGGUUGAAAAGACAAAGAGUAUAUCGUCGUCUGGCAAUCAUCAUGAAAAGGAAUCGGUGCUUGGAAAAGAUACAAGGUUAACACCUCAAACUAGAACUAUUUUCAAUGAAGGUCCUCAAUUUUCGAAAGGUGAACAGCCAAAUGAACCCAAACAUUCUGGCCAGGAACGAGCGAUGCCUCUUGUCGAUUCCAUUUGGAGGGGUAGUUUUAACAUAUGGAAUAAAGAGUAUGAGACGUUUGAUGGACUUUUUGCACACCUGUCAGUUAAAGCAUGUCAAAAGGUUUAUGAAGAAGCAAGCUCCUUUCCAGCUUUGCUUCAACUAGAAAUGCUUUCAAAAUCUGAGGUAUGGCCCAAGAGUUUCACCAUAUCAGAGCCUACUGAUGAUAACAUCGCAUUGUAUUUUUUUCCAUCAGAUACGAGAUGUGAAAAGGAGUUCGAUCAGUUGGUGGAGCAGAUGAUCGGCGGAGAACUUGCUCUACGAGCAAUCGUAACAAAUGCUGAGCUUUUGGUUUUCACUUCCACAGAACUGCCCCUGCUAUACUGGAAUUAAAUAUAGGUAUGGCUUCUUGGUUUGCUUUAUCUGAGGUUCAUUGUUAAUCAGCUUGAGAAAGUCAAUCGACAGGAUUUCAGGGUAAAUAUUACCUCUGGGGUGUUUUCAAAGCCAGGCGGGAUUCCAGUGGGAGUAUUACGAUGUCAAAUGGGAGUAGCAAACCUGCGACGUGUCUAACUCCUGGGAAUGAAUUGAGCGGAGAUGUCGCGAAUCGCAAAACAUAUGGGACACAGUCCUUUAACCUUUGAGCAGCAUUGCAAGCCUUGGGUCUGGCGCUUCUUGAAGCGUCGCUACUUGUUGUUUUGACGUUUUCACCUCACUUCUGUGAUCUAGUAAGCUCUGUAACUGGUUGUUAAUGCAUAUCCGACGGAGGGAUGAUAAUCUGGUGAUUAGGACGAAGAAGCUUUCCUUCUAGAAACAUCUGGUUGGGGAAUUUUGCCCAGUUGAAGAACCUGAUGUCCUGUGAAAGCUACCCCUGAUAUACCAGAGGCAUGGUUGACAUGGCCAAUAUUUGGUAGUUGCUCCUACUUAAAUCGUCAAAAGUCAUAAUCUGUUGCAGUUGUUACUUGUACAUGAUAGAUCGACAUUAUUAAUUAAAUGCCGCCAUAUCAAGGAAGGGAAGCUCACCCAUUUUCUUUGUUAUUAACCCCUGCCCCUCCCCACCCUCUGGGGCUCGUCUUGUAUGUUUUGAAUGCAACUGAAGGCACUAUGUGCAAGGAUGGCAAUAGGUGGAAAAGCGGAGGGUCGGCUCGGCUGAUGCCUUGCCCCGUUUUACAAAUAUUGAUCCAUUCGAGUUGCCCCUCGCUGUCAAACUUUCUUUUUCUUUU